AACAACGUCCAUAUCGAAAUUUUGGAUUCAGGAGCAGAGGCAAGAUGUCCAGCAACAAACAGAUUUAUCAAAUUGAAAUUUCCAGUGUGUAGUGAAUCGCAAGAUGGCGGCAGCAUUACCAACAGCUCUCCAUGGAUGAUGAACUUGAGAGUCGUGCGAUCGCUUCUGGUUACUACAGCCUUUUCAUGGGUUCAGUUUCCUGAACAAAAUGAAGUGAUUCAAGUUCCUAUGAACGGAAGUUGUUCACUGGAAACUCAAGAUGUUCAAGGAAUGAUGGUCGAGGAUUACACUGUUUAUCUUCAGGAUAUUCUUGAUAUGUGUAGAGACCAGACUGGAAGUACAAUGAUUAAGUUAUUUCUGAGGUUUGACCAGCUUGAAAACCCCUGUUUUGAAGUCUGUGACGUUGAAAUAAAAGAGUUAAAAGUUGUUGUUGAAGUCGAUGAAGAAGAAUAUAAAGAUGGUGAAACAAUUGGAACUAGAAUGAAGAAACAGAUGGUCUCUGGACCACAUAAAGGACGUUGUCAAAGGCUUGAAACAAAGGAACUCCAGUUCUCUGUGACAACUAAUUUAGAAUUGAAUGCAAUGUAUUUGCGUGGAUAUGUAAAACGUCUCAACGAUAGAGCAAUGUUAGGAAAAACAAAAGCUGUGACUGGUGAAAUAGAAGUGCCUUUAAAAUUUGAAAGUUCUCCGCAAAAUGUCAACAAUUCACAUGACACAAGUUAUAUUUACAAAAUCGAAGCCAACCUGGAUCCAGAUGAGUUUUACAAUGAAAAUCCAGGAAAAGAACUUUAUACAUCGGACAAAACUACACCGGCAAACAACAUAUUUAACUUUGGGAUAAACAUUUGUGUUGGUAGACGAUCGUUUGCAAAAGAUGUCUAUCGGUUUAAAACGAAAAGCAAAGAAUAUACACCUAACAGCCAUAAGUAUAUCCAUGCAAUGGAACUUGAGGCCACACGAGCACAAAUUAAAGAUCUAAGAAUCCAGAAAUUGACAACGAACAGGGGUGACAUUGCGUAUUCAUGGCAACUACAAGACGACGAUAGUGCAGCAAGAUACGAGGAGGGCGAUGUUGUUGGAAUAUUUCCAAGCAAGAUCCGGUCCAACGAUCAAACGUACCUGGAUCUUCUCACACCAGAAAAUUACAAAGAGGCCAUUCUUGCUGGCGUGAUCACAAGAUCCUAUUAUAUUGCUGCAAACUCCAAGGAAGAUGAAAAUCCGAGUGAAAAAAUCUGUAUGGUCGGUAAAAUCCCGAUAAAAGUGCUUGGUCCAGUAAAGCAUGGAGAUCAUAUUUACGCGUCAAAUAAACUGCCUGGAGUUGGAGUCACUGAAGAACAACUGUGUAUUGAUACAAACGGCGGGCGUGGGAAACGUCUUUUGGGCUACUCACUUGAGACUAGUGAGAAAGAUUCAGUAAAACUCGUAAGCUGUAUUGUAUCAAUCUUGCUGUCGAUUAAAAACGAUGAGGUCGAAGGAUUGUUGGCGAGAAUGGAAGAAACGUUGUCCGAAAACUUCGUCAGAAGAAUUGAUGAGUUUCGAGAUGAUGUUGAUAUUAAAAUGGACGGAAUGACUCAGAUUGUGAGCUCAACUCAGGAUUACGUUGCCACCAGAAGAAAAGAAAUAUCACGUCGGAAUUGUCGCGUUUGCUCCGUCAUUAUCGUUUUUUUUAUCCUCGCUAUUUUAUCUUCGUUUUUCUUCCUUUCUCCGACGUCACCUUACAUCGAGUGGAAAUGUCACCGGGGUUCUUUACCCGGUACCAUUAAGUUCAAGAUUGAAAACAGGAAUGACGAGAAAUUUGUGAGAAUGGAGGGAAUCCUAUUUGAUGUAGCGGAUCUUAGACAUAAAAUUGGUGUGGAUUUUGCGCUAAAGAAAAACCUUACUGGUUCAUACUAUCUUAAUCUUAGAAAAUGCAAACGUGAGAAUCUUCGUAAAGUGUUGGGUUGGUUUAGUAAUCCGCCAGUGUAUUGCCGUACCCAGGUCUUUGUCGCUUCGUGUAACUGCAGCGAAAUCUUUCAUUAUCAUCUGCAAUAUAAGUCAUGGGUGAAGUAUGAUCCUGUCAUAUCCCCAUCUUGUCACGGUGAAAAGGAUAAUGCAUGCAGAGGAAACCUUCGAGAUUAUGAAUGAUUUUGGAUGAUUUCAGGCAGAAAAAAGCAAUAUGAUCUGUCAUGCUUAAAAUUCGAACUCAUUUUCUUGUUUUGAAGUGAAAAAAGUGAAGAUUUGCAACUGAUUGACUCGGAACAUUAUCAAAAUGCCAGUCAGAUGAAUUUGACCAAAAAAAAAUUAUUGUACGAGCAAUACUGCGAUAGGCACCUUCCGUUGAGAAAUAUUUAUUUGCGGCUGUAUUUUAAAGCGUUGUAAAUAUAUUUACAUAAACUCGGCAAAAUUACCAAGCCAUACAUAACAACUUAAAUUUUGGAUUAGUUAUUAAACUGUUUAUGUGCUUUUGAAAUUAUUACAUGCGUACGUAGCACAGGACUUUUGUUAUACGUGCGUUACGAACAGGUGGAACAAUGGCAAAACUUCUUUAAUCCGUUCUAAUGCACGGAAAAAAGCUACUAUUUUACAAUUUAUCACUUUUCUAAGUCGCAUUAUCUCCGUAGAGCGAAGUUAAAACUUAAAACUGUAAAUAUUUCUCAGUUUCAUAGGAAUUAAAGGAAGCCAAUUUCUGUUUAGGAAGUCACCUGUUCUUCUGUCGGCAUAAGCAUAAAUACUUUUUU